AACCUCACUAUUUGUCUGAUAUAUUAUGUGUUAUUUAAUUUUAUAAAUUAAAAUUUGAUUAAUUGAAAUGAAAGCGAGUAUUGAAGUGAUCUUAUAAUUACAAUUUUCAGUUAUUAUCCAAUCAUAUUUUGAUUCAAUUACACUGAAUCAUUAUGGCAAGUUCUGCUAAUAUUCCAAACAAUCCACCAGAACAUUGCCCUGGCACUCAAAGUGAAACUGCUGGAAAAGCAUCCGCCUGUGAAGGUUGCCCCAACCAACAAAUAUGUGCUUCUGGUGUUGUUAAAGGUCCUGACCCAGGUAUUGAACUAGUGAAGAAUAGAUUACAAGAUGUCAAAAAUAAAAUCCUUAUUUUAUCGGGGAAAGGAGGUGUUGGAAAGAGUACAGUAACUGCUUUACUUAGUCGAGCCUUGACAGUUUUGAAUUCAGAGUGGAAUGUAGCCGUAUUAGAUGUUGAUAUAUGUGGCCCCUCUCAACCAAGAGUGAUGGGGGUACAGGAUGAGCAAGUCCACCAGUCUGGUUCUGGAUGGUCACCAGUUUAUGUAGAUGAUAAUCUCUCAGUAAUGUCCAUUGGGUUCCUUCUAUCUUCUGUUGAUGAUGCCAUCAUUUGGAGAGGUCCCAAAAAAAACGGAAUGAUAAGGCAGUUUUUGAGCGAAGUUGAUUGGGGAAAAUUGGACUACUUAAUGAUUGAUACUCCUCCAGGGACCUCUGACGAACAUCUCAGUCUUUCAACUUAUCUGUCUGAAGCAAAUCUAACUGGAGCUAUUAUUGUCACAACACCUCAGGAGGUGGCGCUACUAGAUGUGAGGAAGGAGAUAGACUUUUGCAGAAAAGUGAACAUAAAUAUCCUUGGAGUUAUUGAAAAUAUGUCUCUAUUUGUAUGUCCAUGUUGUCAGACAAUGUCGGAAAUAUUUCCUGCGACCACUGGGGGUGCCAUAGCAAUGUGUAAAGAAAUGAAUGUUCCAUUUCUUGGUAGUUUGCCACUAGACCCUGUAAUAGCAAGAUGUUGUGACGAGGGAAGGAAUUUUGUAACCGAAUUGCCAGAUGCAGCUGCAACACAAUGUCUCAUAAAUAUAGUUAAAAAUAUUAUCCAGAAAUGCGACAAGGAAAAUUCAACAUAAUAAUUUUAUAAUUGUAUAACUAUUUUCUUCUAUCUAUAUACAUAUACAUCAUUAUGUGAUUGCCAUGUAACUUAAAUAUAUAUUAUGAGUUGAUUAAAAAAUCAUUGUUUCAUUCUAUUAUCAA